AUGGCCGAGCUUCGGCGCGAAGGUAGGAAAUGGGACUGGGCGAAGCCGUCCGAGGAGGAGGUGCAUGCGAGGCUCGCCGACUGCGACGAACCCCUUCGAGAUGUGAGUUUCGAACGAUUGGUGUCACUUCCAUGCGCGAUGCAACUGCCGUUCAAAGUGCCCGACACCGUCCGGGACGGGGACGCGGGCUCCGGCCUGCUAGCAAUGAGCGCGUUGCUCUGGGCGGUGAGGCGGAAGGAUCGGUUGGCCGGCGCCCUCCGUCGCAGUGCCACCAGCAUGGACAAGGUCGCUGUUGCGGGGUUGAAGGGGCUGCGCACCGAGAUGGUAGCCUUCAUCAAGAAGCAGGUCGCGCUCAUACGGUCGGGCCGAAACGUAGUUGCGGCCGACGUCUGUGACGACGACGGCGAGGAGGUUCAGUCGGCGCCCCAAGCUGGCGGUGUCGCCCCCACCAUCGCUGAUGCGCGUGGCACCUCGGUCGGGAAGCCGGGUAGCGGCGUCGACGAGGCCGAUGCGGCCGCAGGAAAGGGGGUGACGGGGACCGAGGAGAAGCACCGGGACGAGUCGGGGAAGAGCGUGCUCGACAUGCUCAAGAAGCACUGGGCUGGGGUUCGAGCGGCCAGCACUGAUCAGGGUGGUGGGGGUCCCGCCGACGAGCAUGCCACUGAUGACGCACUGCCAAGGGCUCCGCCUUCGGUCGCCGAUAAGCCACCACGACAGGGUAGCGGUGAAGAAGGGCUGCGCGACAAGGAGAAGGCGGCCGCAAAAACGGCCCCAGCUGGCCAGGGCCCGAAGACAGGGGUCGCGGUGGCGUCAGCGGUUCCUCACCAGCCCCCAGCUGGUGCACGCCCUCCGACCGGACCGUCUGCCGGGCGACCUGCCGACGUCCCGCGCUCUGCCGACGUCCCGGCUGCCGACAAGGCUGGCCGCGCGGGGAAAGGGGCGGCAGUUGCGGACGCGCUCAAGGAGCAGCUCAGGCGCCUAGCCGGCCACAAGGCUGUUCAACAGCCCCCCGCUGCUGUCGAUGUCCCAUCUGCCAGUGUCCCAAAGUCGCCGGUCGUCGCCGCCCGUGCUCCUGCAGACCCAAAGUCCGCGUUGCUGCGCGCCCAGCUGGGCGCACUAGCGUCGACUGCGCCAACUCAGCAGGCUUCUGGCUCCGGCGCUAAGACGUCGUCGGCAAAAGUCGCACCACCCACCCCUGUGGCAGCUGAGGUUGAGAAGGCGGCGGAGAAGGGCGUUCGUGCCGCCCUUGCCACCGGCGGCGGCCCCGUCGAGCAGGCGCCCCCCGAUGCUGAUAUCGCUGCCAUACAGGCCCACCUGGAUGCUGCCAAUCCCCGACCGCUGGCCAUCUCCGACACGGCACAUGUGGAGCCUUCGGCGGGUCUCGUCGGCAGUCCAGCAGAGCCGACUGCGACCGGUGAUGCUGUCGGCGAUGGAAAGGCGAAACGGAAGGGGAAGGCGGGCUCACAGAGGAAGACGCGGGAGAAGUCGGAGGCGAAGGCGGCGGAUAGAGGGAAGGGGAAGGCGGCUGAGACGGCGGCUGACAAGGAUGGAGGCGGCAAUACGGGGGUGAAAGGGAAAGCGGGGGAGAAUCAGAAGUCGCUCGGCGAGGGUACGUCGACGGGGAGGAAGGGGAAGGACAAGUCGGUAGGAGAACGUGCGUCGACGGGGAGAAAGGGGAAGGAGAAGGCGGUCGGCGAUGGUUCGUCGAAAGGGAGAAAGGGAAAGCGGAAGGCGGCGGAGGAGGAUGUCGAGGAGGUGGAGGACGUCGAGCAGGAGGAAGAAGAAGAGGCGGAGGAGGAGGUGGAGGAGGUGGAUGAGGAUGAUGAGGAGGAGGAGGAGGUGGAGGAGGAGGAGGAGGAGGAGGAGGGGAAGAGCAAGGAGAGGCGGGGUCAUGGCAUCCGACACGAUACCUCGGGCGACAAGCUAGGAUGGGUCGGCGAGAUUAAGGUGCACGGCAUCAAUCGAUACAUCGGCAAGUCGCGUGAGAAGAUGGAGCUCGCGUACGUGCACUCCAUCGCGUUCGUCGUCUACGACGGUUUCGUGAGCAAGGUGCUCAUGAACGAGCUCACCGUCCUGGACAGCGCCGAGUUGGAGAGGUGGAAGGAGGUGUGGGAGGAGGUCAGGAUCUUGCCGACCGGGAUGUGGACGGUGAUGUGGGCCCGGGGAACGCUCCUUCCAAAGACACGGCUGAAUGAGAUCCUCGACAAGUAUCGACAUUACAAGACCACUGGCGAUGCGCUGCACGCCGCGCUCCUGCCAGCGAUAUGGUACCCAGUCGAUCCCGACACCGAGGAAGGCCGAGAGAAGUCGGCGUCCAUGCUGUCCGCGUUGAUUGGCCGCGUGUCAAUGUGCGCUGCGUAUGGGAAGACCGCUGCGACAGCGGCGAGAAAGGAGGGAGACAGCGACGAGAAGACGGAUAUGGCGGCAUGGGCGUUAGGAGCAUCCGCAUGCGCUGUGUGGUGCUUCGUCGAGAACGGCGAUGCCCAGGUGGAGGAUGCUGUGGAAGAAGGGAAGGCGGCGGCGCUUGUGGGCGGAGCGAGCCAGGCGACCGCCGAUGUAUUCGGCAAAGUCAUGGAGGCGGUGCUGAACGCCGAGAUCAACAGGGACCGCCCCCUGGGAGAGGUUGCUUACAACGUCGCGCCAGCACUCAAGAGGACCGCCCUUGACAUGGCCUAUCCGGGGGUGGAUGCCGGAGUCGAUGCCGACGUGAUCGCAAGAGCGACGGUCGAGACGAUGGCGUUCUGGGGAAUGUGCCCCGUCGCCGGGCCGAAACUCAAAGCGAGGGGCAUCGCGGUGCCGAUUGACGCGCAGAUGAAGGCCGAUAUCGACAACAGGGGGAGAAAGGGUCAGAGGGGCAAGAAGGCGACGAAGGCCAAGGGCGGCACGGAGAAGAAGGGGACGAAGGGCCAGAAGGCGAAGGAGUCGGCGUAG